AUUUUGUAAAACUAAUGAUUCCAAGGUAAAAGAAAUUUGGCCGUUAUGGUGGUUGAAAGUGGCGGGAGGUAACUAGCGGCGUAGCCUCCUUUUCUCUUACCACCACCAACUUUUUCAUUGUGUCAUAAAAAUGGCUUCGUCAGAUGAUGGCGGUAGCCACCACCGCCCUAUAGUUGUGGCAGUUGAUAAAGAUAAGAAUAGCGCCUCUGCUGUGAAAUGGGCUGUUGAUAAUCUCCUUACAACCAAUCCAAAUCUUGUAUUGCUCCAUGUUCGAAUCAAGAAGUCACCAAAUCGUAGCGGGUGGUGGGAAUGAAGCUGCUCCAGAUGCAAAUGGAGGAUCAUGCGACGAAGAUACUCAAAAUGUCUUCACUCCUUUCAGGGCUUAUUCUGCGCGUAAAAGGGUAGUAGUGAAAGAGAUCGCCCUUGAGGAUACUGAAGUGUCCAAAGGACUUGUUGACUACAUCAACGGUCACUGUGUUACCAACAUUGUUCUUGGUGCAUCAUCUAGGAGCGCUUUUGGCAGGAAAUAUUGGACUCCUGAUGUCCCAACAAUCAUAAAUAAGGCUGCACCAGAAUUUUGUACUGUCUACGUAGUUUCAAAAGGCAGGCAACAAUCUGUCCGACCAGCAGCAAAACCUCUAACUUCCUCUGCGCCAGCAAGGCAACAUUCCUCAUCAGCAUGGACACCGUCUAGAUUAAGUAACUCUGAAUCAGAAGACAUAUCCAGGUUGUCAUUUGCAAGGGCAGAGCCAAAGAUUAUAGAAUCUGAGAAGACCAGGCCUGAAAAAGGACCAUCUAAUGUAGUGAUGGAUCAUCUUCAUGCUCCCUCUGGAGGGCCGAUGAAUUCAUGUAGCCGAACUUCUCUAUCAGAUGGUAGUGAUCUCUUUGCUCGUAUUAACCAUAGAUCAGUUGAUAUCUCAGCAGACAAUCUUGACUUCACACAAGUUGCAAUCAAAGAAACUCCAAGGAAUGGAAGCUCCUCAUAUACAUUGGAAGCUGAGAUGAAAAGACUAAAACUUGAGCUAAGGCAAACUUUGGAUAUGUAUAAUGCAGCUUGCAAAGAAGCUGUCUUGGCCAACCAAGCGGCUGAAGAGCUUAAUAAAUGGAAAAUGGAAGAAGCUCGUAGGUUUGAACAAGCCCGUCUUGCUGAAGAGGCGGCUCUUGCAAUUGCUGAGACCGAAAAGGCUAAAUGCAGAGCUGCUAUUGAAGCUGCUAAGAAAGCACAAAAGAUGGCUGAGAUAGAAGCACAAAGAAGGAAGUAUGCGGAGCUGAAGGCCAAGCUAGAGGGAGAAAAAAAGAAUCGAGCAAUGAAUGUUCUAUCUCAGAAUGAUCUCCGUUAUAGGAAGUAUACAAUAGAAGAGAUUGAGGCAGCAACCAAAAAUUUCUCAAGUUCUCUAAAAGUUGGAGAAGGUGGAUAUGGACCUGUUUUUAAGGCAAAACUUGAUCACACGCCUGUUGCCAUUAAAGUUCUGAGUGCUGAUGCUGCACAAGGGAAGAAACAGUUCCAACAAGAGGUUGAGGUCCUCAGUCUCAUUAGGCAUCCGAAUCUGGUGCUACUAUUAGGUGCAUGUCCCGAGUACGGGUGUUUAGUUUAUGAGUUUAUGAAUAAUGGCAGUUUGGAAGAUCGUCUUUUUCGGAAAGGUAAUACCCCUUCAAUUCCAUGGGAAAUUCGCUUCAAAAUUGCUGCGGAGAUUGCAACCGGGCUUCUAUUCCUUCACCAAGCAAAGCCAGAACCUCUUGUUCACCGUGAUCUAAAGCCAGCAAACAUCCUUUUAGACAGAAAUUAUGUCUGCAAAAUCAGUGAUGUUGGGUUGGCAAGGUUAGUUCCACCAUCUGUAGCUGACACUGUAACACAAUAUCACAUGACUUCAGCUGCUGGAACUUUUUGUUAUAUAGAUCCUGAAUAUCAACAAACAGGAAAGUUAGGGACUAAAUCAGAUGUAUAUUCCCUCGGCAUAAUGUUGCUCCAAAUUAUUACUGCAAGGCCACCAAUGGGUUUAACUCAUCAUGUCGAGAGGGCCAUUGAGAAAGGUACAUUUGCAGAUUUGUUAGAUCCGACAGUGCAAAACUGGCCAGUUGAAGAGGCUCUUAAGUUUGCAAAAUUGUCACUCAAGUGUGCUGAGCUGAGGAUGAAAGAUCGACCGGAUCUUGGUUCAGUAAUAGUGCCUGAGCUUAAUAAGCUUAAAGAAGUUGGAAUUAAUAGCAUGCCAGGUAUCAGUAGUUAACUUGCUCCUCUGCAUCUUUAUUAUUAGAAAAUCUUGUUUGAGGAGUAUAACUCAUUUUCUUCAACAUCAACAUAUUGUCCAAACGCAUAAUAAUUACACGAGAGGUGAUGAAAUCUAGGUUAUCAACAAUUUUAGCGAA